GCGCCAUUUACGUGCUCGAGAGCAUAUGCCAGAUAGGGCGGGCGCUGGAUUGACCGGGGCUCCAUUAUUAAGCACCAUUGGUAGAUGAUGAAUUCGGCGCUAAACGAAUGAUACCGGGUAUCGUAAAUUUGAAUCGAAAGUUUUUUUUUAGUAUACCAUCAAUUGUAGUUUUGGAAGCUGCCGCCAAGAAGAGUGUGUUAAGCAAAUACCCGCCGACAUACGGCAUAUUUUUGGGUGUUGCUGAGAUUCAUAGGUCGAGGGUGUCUGUCACAAGGACUUAAGUCCAUUGUAAAUUGUUCCUAGGUUUGGUGUUAGCCAUGCCUAAAAGCAAGCAUAAGGGCAAGCAUCGGGUGUUCUCGAACCCAGAACAGCUGGAGGAGGAGAAGAAACGAGAGGAGCGUGAGCGAGAGUGGCGCCACAAGCGAGGCGAGGAGAGUGACUCUGAGUCUGGCUCCAGUUCUGACUCAGACUCAUCCAGCAAAGACGAGCAGAAGGCCGCAAAGCCCAAGGGUCCGCAAGGGCCGGUGGAGAAUCCGAAUCGGGUGCAGCAGAAGAACAAGAAGCUGUCUACGCUGACGGUGGACGAGAAGGCGCCGGCGCAGCUGUCUCGUCGGGAAAAGGAAGCGAUCGAGAAGGAGAGGGCGCGCCAGCACUACCAGAAGCUGCACGCCGAGGGCAAGACGGCGGAGGCGCAGGCUGACCUGGCCCGGCUCGCCAUCAUCCGCAAACAGCGCGAGGAGGCCGCCAAGAAACGGGAGGAAGAGAAGAAAGCCAAGGAAGCAGCCAAGGAGUCCAGCAAGUCCAAGAGGUAGUCGCCGCGGCCGGAGACCGGCGACGAGCUCCCUCGGAGGCGCGCCAUGGUCGUCCGGGCACUACUUUCGCCUGCGGACGGAGGCCGGCUGUUCGGCGGCCCGCCCUCGCCGACGCUGUUUCUGCUUUGGAACGAAGGCGCAGAUUGGUUGCUGCGCCCUGCGCAAACGCAUUUUGUUCUCGCGUUUCGUGUGGUUUCAUUAACACAUCGCCCGACUUGACCGCCGCCGCAGUGGUUUGCUAAUAAUAAACGUAAUACGAAGGAU